UCUUAAGAUUUUUUUUGUGAGUGGAGCGGCUGGAGCCCCCCUCUCUCUCUCUCUCUCUCUCUCUCUCUCUGGUAGCUGUGGAAUAAUGGUGGUGUGCAUAUUUGUAGCUUGUGGGUCGAAUGUCACUUUCUGAAAAGAAAGCCAAUUCCGAAAAUUCUCUGGGUAAAACGGAUUUCCCCGACCACAGGACAUAUAUACACACAGAUUCGUACGUUGUACACAGAGUUUUGUACAAUUCGAUUCAGCGACAGAACUGACCACAAAAAAAGAAACAGAGCUCGCCAACCCGAGUGACUGAGUGAGAGCCUUCACAGAAGCACUCAAGAUUUUUCAGAAUGGUGGGCUUUGGAGAAGAAAUUCAGAAGGCUAACCGUUUGAUUGCUCGAAUUGGCAAUUUUGGACUUCUACUAUUAUGGUGUAUUCUGCAUUUUAUUGUCGACGUAUGGUACUUUAUGGUGGAAAUAGUUCAUGUGGUUGAAAGUUAUCUUAUCUCUAGCGGACUACUGAAGAGCUACAAAGCCCUUAAUUUAGGAAAGCUCCAGUAUCUGGCUAUUGUGGUAGGAAGUGAAGAAGCUUACCAAACUUUAGAGAUCACUAAACUUUUACAGUGGCUGGAAACUAUUGGCGUGAAGCAUGUAUGCCUUUAUGACAUGGAAGGUGUAUUAAAGAAAUCAAAAGAAGCCAUCUUGGGGAAGAUGAACAAUGCAACAGUAUUUCAGGAAGCUGAUGAAAAUAAUAAGCUACUUGACCAAAAACAUAUGUCGUUAGAAUUUGCUUCAUACUCUGACGGAAAGGAAGCUGUGGCUAAAGCAGCUAACUUACUUUUUACAAAGUAUAUAACAUCAGCUAAUUCUGGUGGAGAUCAGGAAGAUAGAGUUUUUACAGAACCUCACAUGACCGAGGCACUAAGAGCCGUUGGUGCCGGAGGGCCAGAACCUGACCUUCUAUUAGCAUAUGGACCUGCAAGAUGUCACCUAGGUUUUCCUGCAUGGAGGAUUCGAUAUACUGAGAUUGUACAUAUGGGAUCAUUGAAGUCCAUGAGACACGGUUCCUUACUUAAGGCCAUUUACAAGUUCUCCAUGGUGCGCCAGAACUAUGGCAAGUGAGCCACUGAGUUGGGAGGUCUUGGGGAAGCGUUGCAGAGAUACAUGGGUCAUUGAAUACUGCAGAGAUUCCAACGUUUGUCCACGGAUUGUGAUUUUUAUCCUUUACAUAAUAAUCUGCCAAGUUAGAAAUGUGAAUGCCUCUUUCUUUCUCUCUUCCUCACUCUCUCUGUCAUAUCUGAGGCAGCAUAUUUUGUGGUUUGAGUCACGAAAUGACAAGCAAAUGAUUUAUUGCUUUUGGGCAGAAUUUCCUUUUA